AUGACUGCAAAUGUAACGAGAAAAGAAGCGGAUCUUGACCUUCUCAAGGUCAGACAGAAUGAACUGAGCAGCCGGGUGAGAGCAGCGGAAGCCAACGGUAGGACGUUGGUUUGGGUACCCCACGAGAAAGAUGGAUUUGUGUUGUCGUUUAUAGUUAAAGAACCGGAUAAUGAAGGUUAUGUGGAAGUUGAAUUGCUCGAUACUCACGAAAGACAACGAGUUAGUCGUGAUGACUAUCAAAAAGUGAAUCCCCCAAGAUUUGACAAGUGUGAGGAUAUGUCCAGCAUGUCGUGUUUAAAUGAAGCUUCAGUUCUACACAAUUUGAAACAGCGCUACUUUUCCAGUCUUAUAUAUACAUAUUCUGGUCUCUUCUGUGUGGUAGUUAAUCCCUACAAGCGGCUGCCGAUUUACACCGAAUCAAUUGCAGAGCAGUAUAAGGGAAGAAAAAGGAAAGAAAUGCCUCCGCAUAUUUUUGCUGUGACGGAUGAGGCCUAUCGAAGUAUGUUACAGGAGAGAGAAGACCAGUCUAUACUCUGCACUGGUGAAUCAGGAGCUGGUAAGACCGAAAACACGAAAAAAGUAAUUCAAUAUCUUGCAUAUGUUGCCGGGACAAGAUCGCAUAAGGGACGCCUGGAAGAGCAGCUUCUGCAAGCCAAUCCAAUCUUGGAAGCAUUCGGAAACAGCAAAACUAUUAAAAACGAUAACUCAUCCCGUUUUGGCAAGUUUAUAAGGAUUCAUUUCGACGCAACCGGAUGCAUUUCUGGUGCAAACAUUGAGUUUUACCUGCUGGAAAAAUCACGCGUUCUUCGACAGUCGGCAAUGGAAAGGUGUUUUCACAUCUUUUAUCAACUUUUGCACGGAGCAAAUACAGUGCAGCGAGAAUCUCUACUGCUCGAGUCAAGCGCGGAUAGCUACCACUUCCUUUCUAACGGCGACGUAACCUUGCCGGGAGUUGAUGACGCUGUAGAAUACAACGAGACAAUGCAUGCUAUGAAGGUUGUUGGAUUCCAGGAUUCAGAAGUACAAGCCAUAUUUCGGAUUGUAUCAGCCGUACUGUUGUUCGGGAACCUGCAAUUUGCACACGAGAGUAAAAACUCUGAUCAAGCUGUUCUUGUGAACGACGCAGUGGCUCAAAAAAUUUGCAAUCUUCUUGGUCUGACUCUCCCAGACGUUAUGAAGGCAUUCCUCAAGCCUAAGAUCAAGGUUGGGCGAGAGUAUGUGCAUCGAAGCCAGAAUGAGGAACAAGCAAAGUUUUCUGUUGAGGCUAUUUCGAAAGCAUGUUAUGAGCGACUGUUUAGAUGGCUGGUGCAACGUCUGAACAAAUCGCUGGACCGUACGCGACAGCAUGCAGUCUCAUUUGUAGGGAUACUUGAUAUCGCUGGAUUUGAGAUAUUCGAGAUGAACUCUUUUGAACAACUAUGUAUAAACUACACAAACGAGAAGCUACAGCAGCUAUUCAACAACACCAUGUUCGAAAAGGAGCAGCAAGAGUAUCUGAACGAAGGAAAUGAUGCGGGAUUUGUGGAGCGACUAGCCUCACAACACCAAAAUCAUCCAAAAUACAUCGUACCUGAAAUGAGAUCUAAGAGCGAUUUUGCCAUUGUACAUUACGCAGGAAGAGUAGAUUAUCAAGCAAAAGGAUGGAGAGUGAAAAAUAUGGAUCCAUUAAAUGAGAAUGUAGUUGAAUUGCUACAGCACAGUAAAGAUCCACUUGUUUCCGAAAUCUGGAAAGAUGGUGAGACGUCUUGGGAUUAGCU